AUGCCUACGUUGACUACUGCGCGCCGUCAGACUGUGGGUACCAGGGCCCAGGUACGUUCGCACACUUCGGAAUCCAAUGCGAAGAGCCGCUUUUCUAUUCAGCAGUCUACCUGGCCUACUAUUCGUCGCACCAAUGGACCAGGGUUGCAGAUCGUGUCGGUCCCUGUGGAGACCGUAGCUGGGAGCUUAACACUUGCAUCGGACGCUUAAUGAUGUUUCUCGGCGAUUUCGAGUGCAGGCGGGUCCCCAACAUUCGCCUUUAUUUUUUUCCGAGAUUUUCUAGACCUGCACUUUGGCUCAAGAAUCUAACCACAAGACAACCAUGGCACGCAAAUUCGUAUAAUGGCGCUUCACGGUCGCCAUCGGGCGUCGAACUUUACGCAUUUCAUAAGGCAAAAGGCAUGCCAGAUCAUAGCCCUCCGCGCCUUAGUAGCAUUAUAACUGUCUAUUCAUCUGACCUGAGAGUCUGCUUAUCACACAGCUAAUCCUUGCUGAAGGCCGUUCCACCAUCCGCCACCUGUGGAUGUGCUGAGUUGCCCGCAGUUAGGUUAAGAAGGAACCCUUUUUCCCGGAGUGCACAGCCUCGUCACGGUAACCCUCUUUUCGAUUUUAGCAAAGCUUCUCGACUGCAUGGCUUUGUGACAUCUCAUCUUUUUAAGUAGUUGAAGGACAUCGAACCGGUACUACAGAUCGAAUACAAUUAAUUUUCCUCCUCAAAGUCUUGAUUUUCUAGACCCUAAGGAACCGAGUUGUAGUACUUUGAAAUUCUCACAGCGCAGCCUGGUAAUGUAGAUGAAGUCUAUCGACAUGCGUGAGUCGUGUUUUUGCAGAGGACCACAGUAGAAGCUCUCUUGUCACUUCUGCUAGUGUCCCCUGUUGCUUCUUUACUUUCAGUUGUCCCAAGUCAAAUCCUCUCCUGGUAGGGAGCUCAUCUGAUAAGGUCCCCCUUGUCCAUCCGACCAAAAGCUGCAUUCCGUAUGCUUUGAUUCGAAUGCCUGUCCUCAUGGAACAUGCUUCAGAACUUGUAGACAGAUAGAUAUUUGCCAUUUGUGACCAAAUCUAGCUUACCGACGCUACCAACAGGGUUAUUAUCUCGUCGUUUAUUGUCAGGCGUAUUGCCGCCGCACCUUAACACCUUAAGUAUACGGAAUGUUGGAGUUGUACUACGAGGUUUUAUCCGGAUGAAGUCAAGUUCAUUUUUGCUUCUUUUUUUCAAGCAAAUGCCCUGCUGGUACUACGAGAAAGAGGACCUUCUCCGGACGCCCUCAUUCCUUGACGGAGUGCCAAAUGACGUGGAAGACCGCUACCGCAGCGAGGGAGCUCGCUUCAUCUUUGACAUGGGCACCAAACUGCGUUUGCGUUACGACACCUGCGCCACGGCCAUAGUCUUUUUUCACCGUUUCUAUAUGUUCCACUCCUUCAAGGCCUUCCCUCGGUACGUGACGGCUGCCUGUUGCCUCAUGCUUGCUGGGAAGGUUGAGGAGACGCCGAAGAAGUGUCGCGACAUAAUUGGCACUGCGCGGUCCCUCCUGCCCGACCACUUGAUGGAACAGUUUGGGACUGAUCCUCGGGUAAGUAGAUAAUUUAAAACCCUCCUCCCCUUCUCCUGAAGUGUUGCGACCGUCAGGUCUGCUUGAGAGAUAGAUUUGCAGACUUGACCUAUAUCGAUUCGAUCCAAAGAAAAUGGACAGAAUUUUUGACCGAUACAAGCGAAGAGGCGAGUUCCAGGAACUAGUUGAUAAGUAGAAGCGAUCGCUGGAACAAGAGCUUUAUUCGCCUGACGUUUCUCAGUCUCUCACGAACCCAUCGUCAGAGACAGUGACAGAGACGGGUCUGUCACUUUCUCUGAUGAUGAGUUUGAGCGAAAAUCCGAAACGUCAGACGAACAAAGCUCUUGUUCCAGCUAUCAGAAUUUUUUGCGUUAAUUUCCCAAAUCUGCCCGGCGUCUUUCUGCCGACGUCGUGCACUUUGUUGCUUUUUAUUAGAGCAACCUAAUCUGGGGGUUAAAAUUGAGUGGAGAAGAAUAAAUUCCGCUAGAACCUAAGGCGGAGAAGGGUCGAGUUUGGGUCGCUGCAUUUGACUUGGCUGCUGCCUCCGUCCAAUCUACCAGGUGUUUUUAAAUUAAUUCAUUCGUUUUUGGACAAACUUGCUUCUGCAUUAUAAUAUCUCGCUAAAAGAAGCAGAAUGUUAAGAAGUCGUUGGGUUUCGAGAUCUCUAACUGCAAGCGGUCAGAAGUUGGAUAUGGGAGCUCUCACAACUUCCAGUAAAAUUAUUAAAUACUAUUCCUUCUUACCAUUUUUGUCUUACAAAAAUGUAAUGCUUGUGGUUUAAUACACCUGCAUUUUUAAAUCGAAUAUGGGCAUCUGGCUUUACGGAUGUCACGUAUUAUUAUUAUUAUUAUUAUUAUUAUUAUUAUUAUUACCUAGCAAUACGCACUCUGGGUCAAAUUCCAACCUCUUAAGGCUUCACAACUAGCUUCAGCUUAAAGAAGAAAUGUGCGGACAAGUUAAGCGGGACGGAUCUGGUUGCACUUCUCGAAUUCAUCUGACUGAAUCUUGUCUACAGUGGCCUCUAUAAGUUUAAAUGGGCUAGAUCGCAGUUGGUAGUCAGGGCCCGUAUUACAGGUGACGGGGGAUUGUUUAUUGGGGCUAUUUUGUGGGGUCCCAUAAUCACAUCUGACCAAUUUGGCUUCCGUUGUACGUUUUACGUUAGGAUUAGGGUACUGGUUAAUGGUUUCCGAUUUUCGGGUUAUGGUUAUGCCUUCCGGCUUAGGUUUUCGGGUUACGUUUAGGGUUUGAGCGUACGAUUCGGUUACAGUAUUACGAUUAGGUUUUUCAGUUACGGCUAUGUCUAAGGGCUACUGUUACCUUUGCGAUUUCGGUUAGGGUUAGGGUUGCCGUUAGAGUUAAUAGUUAACGUUUAAGGUUGAGGUUAGAGUUAAGGUCGCCGUCCGCUUCCCCAUUCCUGGCUACCAACUGCGAUCUAGCCUUUAAAUCUGAGCAGGUUUCAAUACCUAUCCAUCAUACUUUUUUCUCGCGUCUCUCCACUCUGCCGUAUUCUAUAACUUCCCAGAUCCCGUUAAUUAUUGUAAAAUAAGUCGUCAACGUUCGUCCUGUUUUUGAUCGCGUUGAGGUAAUGAAACCCUUUUUUUCUUGUCCCCACCUCGCAGGAAGAGGUCAUGAUGUACGAGCGUGUUCUACUCAAGACGAUAAAGUUUGACCUACAGGUCUCUCAUCCCUACAAGUACCUUCUUAACUUUACCAAACGCAUCAAGGGUAAGUUGCUUUUAUUUUAAAAAAUACCAUGUUCUGGUCCGAUAACGAACUACAGUGACUCGAUUAUGUCAAAUUCUAAUUGGAGAGUUUAAUUGGCUUAUUGUUCUGGCUAUGUCGGGGCAUAUGGUAGACGUUGUUACAGGGAUGGUUCAUUCCUUAGGUACUUCAGAAAUGAUAAACUUUGCACCAAAGUAUGAUGUGCGUGCUAAGGUUUUUUCUGCAUUACGUCCCUUCUGCCACAUAUCCAGGUGACUCGGAAAGGAUUAAACAACUGCUCCAGAUGGCCUGGUCCUUCAUCAAUGACAGUCUCGCAACCACGUUGUGCCUUCAAUGGGAACCCGAGAUUGUCGCCUGUGCCGUGCUCUAUUUGGCAACACGCAUGAAAAAGUGCACAAUCGAGGACUGGGAGGGACGACAGCCAGGCCAGCGGUGGUGGGAGUGUUUCGUGGAAAACAUGAGCACUGAGGUGAGACCUGUUGUUGGACAGCGUUGUGUUACUUAUUUUUAUGAGUAGGCUUAUUUUACUAUCACGAAUUUCAGUGGAUGUGCUAUCUGAUGAAAUGCUGACCGAAUUUCUAAAAUGUCUUCGAUUAGGAAAGAUUACUUAAAUGGGGUUGUAAUAUUGAUUAUUGCACAACAUAAUCCCACGUUAGGAUGCUGGCCUUUGAUAGAGCUUCUUUCCGGCCGGUCGGGCGCACAAUAUUCUCCCUCGUACUCAUUUGGCAGCGAAUAACGUCUUCUUCCAUUUUUUACCUAAAUAAAUUAUAUCAGUCGGUUUUAAUAAGUUUCUAAUCAUGAGAUUUUUAGGAUUGUGAAAUUUUCAUUCAUACGGCGUCCUAUCUGCCCAUCUGUCAAUGCUGCUUGUUAAGUAUGCAACGUGGUUCAUACCCACUACAAAAUGUUAUGAGCCCGAUUUGAUGUCUUUUUAUGGCAUACCUGAUUUUCCUUACCUGGAAAAUAUACAACCUAUGGUUUGGAAACAAAUGUAACGGGAAACUAGUUUCAGAAUUUUUCGGGAAUUGAAAAGAUUUUUCAAAACCGAAAGAUACUCUUUCUUCAAGCGCAAAAUUUGAAGACGGCGUAAUUUGGCGCCAAAUGGAUGCAAUAAAGAAUAUUGUAUUUAUGUUUCCUAUAAAAUAUGUUCGAGUAUAUAAAGGCAUCGAAAAUCACUUGGAAAAUUUAGUACUAUUUAGGUAGUCAAAGCUGGCGGAGUAGUUUUUCCAAGCGACCGGAAAGAAGCUCUUUGGAAAGCCGGAAUCCUGACCUGACGGGAAUGCCCUGAGAUUACGCUGCACGGUAUCUAGUAUUACAGCCCAACCUAAGUAAUCUUCACUAAUCAAAAACGCAUUUCAGGAUUUCGGUUAGUACGUCAUGAGAUAGUACAUCUACUGUAUGCUCAGCAAAUAUAGCGGAUUUUUAAUCUUGAACACUGGCACAGCCCUCUCAAGGAGUUUUAGAUAGCACACACACAGGUUGAGACUGCAGCGCAGGUUUGUCCACGCUUUUUUGCCCGAGUGCCCAGCGUCAGACCUAAAUUGAUCCCGAUUUUCGCUUCUCCAUCCUCCUGUUACCCAUGUUUCCUUUAUAAUCUAACACUCGUUAUUAGUUAUUUAGUUUCUUCCCACUUUUGUUCUUCCUUCUCCUCCUUAUGCAUCCACACGCCCUUGCCAGGAGGAGGCAAGUUGGAAUGCAAGCUCACUACGUUUUUCCCUAUGUAUCACAGGUUAUGGAAGACAUUUGUCACAAAAUACUUGACCUGUAUCCUGCCUCCGAGGGACCCGGCCCGCGACGCACCGAUCAAUCGGAUUCCGGUGGGCGCAGGGAGUCAACCACAACAUCCAGCUCUGACCAACAACAACAACAAACAACACAUCAGCACAGCCUCAAGCGCUCCCGCCCGACCGGCGGUAGAGAACUGGGUGUAGAGGCCAGUCAUCCGAAGAGUCAUGCUCCAGUCUCCUCAAACUCGUCUACCCACCGAGCAACGGAUAACCGUACUGAAGGUACGUUACUUGAACCCCAGGAGAUCGCAGUAGACGCUGUUGCUAUCAUCGUACUGGAAGUCAGAGCACAUGCGGCCAACCACCGUAUAGCCCCAUUGUAUACAUGUCUGACAUUCAAAUUCCUGUCACGUUUUGCAUUUUCGAUCUCAGAAGUAUUCAGCUGCCUUCGUUUUCCCACUUUCGACACAGAAACAAGUUUCCCAAUAAUAUAGUUCAGUGCGAGUGUGCUUGUAGUGGUUGAUGACCACGGAGUCUCAGCAUUCUCAGUACCUCUGGUGCAUGUCGUACCUCAGGACAGCGACUACUUCGCUCGGAGCAGCACUAUCAGCAGUGAUUGGCAGCCAUAACUGAGGACUCUAAAUUCCUGUACGUAUAAUGGCUGCAUAGGUGGCACGACAUAUCAUACUUGGCAGCACAGGUACUGGUUAACAGGCACAGACGCCUGCUUCGCCGAUAUUCUGUCGCUGCGUGACACAACUGCGAGUUCGACUCGGGAGUUGUCCACCAGCUUUUCUGGCAGAUACUCCCGUUUUGAAAUUUCAGCUUUUUAAUUUCCUCAGAAACUAAUCGCUGACGUGGAGUAAAUCAGGCUAGUAGGCUACAAAAAUUGUCUGAAAAUUGGCAAAGGAAUCGGGGUUUGCCAUCUUGCUGGCCGUCGGCACCACCGAUACCCGUAAUGGACUCAUACGGACUUGUUAUGCCCGCUUCUUGUUGGUUUACCGCUGAGCGUUCCUCUUUCGAGGCGUCCACAGGUAAGUGACCCAGAUAACUGAUUUGGUACAGUUAUUGUGCCUUACUUCCAGUCUAUUACUAACCUCGCUGGGCAGGAUAAAAGCCCAUAUUGAGAAUUCUGAAAGCUGACCCACCAGUUCGUCCGUCGCGAGUGACUGAGACUGCCACCGUCCUGGGGAGGGCGCAGCGGAGACUGGCGCGCGAAUUUGGUUAUACUUAAGUAGACUUUCACCGCACCUCCCUCACUCUCCCCGCCAACGCUUCUUAUAUUCAAAUUGCGCAGCAAAGUCAUGAGCACUAGAGAGGGGACGUCGGCGCAGCUACAAACUAGGCUGAAGCCAUAUAUUCGCGUGCCACACACAUGUCGGCCCCUAAGUCUCCAAGAGUCGCGGGUCUCACAUGAGUAAAAGUGCCACAGAGUCCAAAGUGGAAGGGAGCCGCUCUAGCCUCAUUCUCAGCUUGGCAGCCGACAAAUUCACAUCUUUAACAUGCUGCAUUUGCUCAAAUGAGGAAGCGGGACGUUGGAUUAGCUUCUCCCUCCCUCUCUCUGUUAGCUUUGCAGUCACAGUUUGGAGAUUACAUGGCGUUGUUCGGUUCAGCGGUCAGCCUCGCACGUUGCCUUUGGUACAAACACAUUACGGCGCUUCGUCCGCUGACAAGUAUUAUUUCAGCUGUUGCCACUGACAUGCACGAUGGUGCAUCCACCCUGCCUUGCUGCGAUUGACAGCGUUGGUGCUUAGGAUGUUGUGUUCUGGGCGAUUUUCACGCAAAUGUGCUUUCUUGUUGUUGCAAGUACCCACACCGUGAAAAUCAAGGUCAUCUUCCCAGGUAACGCUAUUCACCUGCCUACCUGUGCAUUGUAGUAACAGCGAACUACUAACUUUUCCGCCAUCAGUAUGCAGGAGGAUUUUGUUUUUAUUUAAAUCAUUGCCUUUCACUGGAAAGCAUAUGUGCUAACGGUCGCGGCCGGUUUCUACUCGCGAAGCGUUCUCCUCAUUGAAGACUGCCGUUGCCCCAAAAUCGCGAUGCAUGGGAACCCCCUUGACAAUAUCGUCUCAUUUGACACAUGCAACUCCAACAUUUCUUAAUUUUUUGGCGGCCACCGUAAAAUUGACGGCAUCAUGCACUUACUUGGUUAGCGCUGCGGACCAAGGCCGUUCACAGGCUGCCAGAGCUGCUCUUUUCUCUUGGUUGAUUGGAGUCGUUUUGUCCCAACGAGUGUGAACACUCCAGAUUGACAGGGUGACUGGAGUAAGUGGCAAGAGUGGUGGGACCAUGGGUUUUUCGUAUUACAUUUCCAUGCACGUGGAGCGUUCUGCUGUCACAAUCAGCCAUGUAGACGCCACCAACAAGGUACACUUUCUCCCUCUAGGCUAGGUAAGCUCUCCUUCCCGGAAUAUAUUUGCCUGGACAUCGCAGGCUUCUGCUGCACCCACUAUAGUUCACGAUGAAAGUGCAGCCCUGGUUAGUUUGGACCGCCUAAGAAGUCGCUGUCUGUUUCUCUUAGAAUGGGCUUCGUCUAACGUACAUCACGCACGUGCUCGGAUCUUGCAUAAGUGACAGUUGCCACAAACUUCACGUUACAUAAGAUUCAUUGCGGCUCGACCCCUCCAGUCCGAGUCAGCUUACCAGUUGACGAUCUUUUGAGGCGUCAUGAUUGUUUAAAGCGAGUAAGUGAGGGUUUCAUCGCCUUCGCCCAUCCUUCCUUCCCCCAUUUUGCCAGCGAAAAGUCCGAGUAAGUCUGACUGAAGGUAGGAUCAAUCACAGUAGUUGGUUUGACACAAAGCCUCGGUCCAAGCGUGCCGCAGAUGCUGUAGCCUCCUCCUUACUGCACAAACAAGACUUCACACACACACAGCCCCACCAGUUGGAAAAGCUUGCCUUCUAUUCCAUCUGAUUAAGCUAAUAGCGUAAGCGGUUACUUGGGUGUGACCUCUGGGCAGAACAUCACCGUGUGUUAGAUGUCUAACUCCUGCUUGCCACAACUAUUUUAUAGCCUUUGGCAUCUAACGUCCCUGAUAAACUACUUUAAAAUCUGCCACAUUCUUCAUUAUACCUCCAUUUCCUAAGAUUCUACCGGUGUAGUUAUUUUUGCCUUACUCCUAUGCCGCUUUAAAUCCUCUGGAAAGGUGCAAAAUAACUUUAAUGUACGAACGAAAGUUACGAAGUCCAUAACGGACGGGAUUAUAACGUAUUUGAACCGAUGACGAUCUCAUCUUUCGACACUGAGGAGAUCAUUGUGUUCUCCGUCUCCUUAUUCACAGCCCCCCUGGGUCGGGAUAGCAAUCAGCCUCCACAGUGGACAGCCAACCCCAUCGCGCCGAGUGGAAGCGCCAACGAUCUGCCUCCACCGCCCCCGCCACCACCGCCGCCACCACCACUGCCAGAUUCGCGUUUUCCUCCCCACUCGCAGAACCCCUUCCACCACGGCGAACAACAGAACAGCCCCGGUCGCCUGCCCCCUCCGCCCCCGCCACCUCUCCCUACCGGCGCGCCGACUCUUUUUCCCUCUGCCCCUAACCUCCUUCAGUAUACUCAUCCCCUUCCUCCUCCUCCCCCCACCCACCAUCAGUCGGCCAUACCACAGCCGCUUCCAGUUCGCCCUGCAAUCGCUCCGGUGAGUUUUCCCGCGGCUCGCCUCGACACAGUUGAUACUGCAUAGGUAGCACCAUAUACCAUAUUUGAUAACACAGGUACUAGCCAAAAGCCCGGACGCGUGUUUUACUGAUAUUUUGCCGCUGCACGACUCAGCUGCAGGGGAUUCGGCUCCUCAGUGGGUUCUCCCAGUGUUCAUCUGAUGGAUACUCCAGUUUUGAAAUUUCAGUCCUUUAGUUUCCUCCCAAAGUAAUGGCUAACUCGGAGCAAAUCUUUCUAUUUGAAAGUUAUAGGCUCAGACUGAAAUUCGAUGUGAAUAUUCGGGGCGAAGCCCCUUAGCCGCGGCGAAAUAACCGCGUAAAAUUCACAAACUGCCAACAGGCAGGCAGUAGUAUACGCACAGGUAGCACGAUAUACCAGAUUUGGCAGUACAGGUGCUAUCUGAAAGCCCAGGCACGUGUCUGGCUGCUGUAUGACACAGCUGUGGGGUGUUAGGCUCACCAGUAGAUCCCCCGGCGUCGCCCGUGUGUUUUUCUGAGUUGCGAGUUGCAGUUAUCAGCUGUAUGUUUACUUCUAUUAACAGGAGCCUGUCAUCUUACCGGCAACAUUUCCGACAGCCUUCGGGCCCGCGGUCGCCGCACCCCUACCGCCCUCAACGUGGUUUCCUGGACAACCGGGCCUACCAGUCGUCCAAUCAGCACCAGCUCUCCAAGCGCUCGCUUCCACUAACUUUGCUGUUGGUGGCCAGCAGCAACCAGUAUUUGAUGUUGUCAAUACGGGUGGCGGUUUUGUCCGGCCAAUCCUAUAG